UCCCGCUCACAAAAAAAAUAAGAAAAAAUAAGAAAGAUUGAAAACCCUCCUCUCCACCACCUCCAGUCCUCCUUCCCGAGCCGGCGAGCCUCCGACGACCCGUCUUCAAGCUUCACCCCAUCAGACUCAUCCUUCACCCCAUCAGGACAUGCUCGAGGCUUCAAUGGACACACUGCGCACUCCAAUCGAAUGGGCCCUUUCGGAGCUCAUCAAGCAUCCACGGAUCAUGAAGAAGGCCCAACAAGAGCUAGAAGCAGUCGUGGGCCUCCACCGGAAAGUUGAAGAGCCCGACUUACCGAAACUCGAGUACUUGAGCAUGAUCGUGAAGGAAACCCUCAGGCUCCACCCUCUCAAUGCAUUCAUCUUCCACCACGGUAAACAAGAAUGCGUCGUCAACGGGUAUCUCAUACCGAAGCGCUCCAACGUGAUGAUCAGCCUGUGGUCGAUAGGCAGAGACCCUAAAGUGUGGGAUAACGCAGAGGAGUUCAUACCAGAAAGGUUCGUCAGUAGUGACAUCGACUACAGGGACAACGGUCUCCGACUGCUUUCGUUUGGAUCGGGUCGAAGAAUGUGUGCCGGUAUGCAACUUGCUUUGGUUGUGUACCCGUUGAUCUUAGCUCAGAUGAUCCACUGUUUUGACUGGGAUCUUCCUAAAGGCGGGUCGGAUUUGGAUAUGAAAGAAGUUUACGGAUUCACUAUGCCGCGGGCCGAACCGUUAUGGGCGAUUCCGAGGAAACGGCUCGAUGUAACUGAAAAGGCUCAUGAAGUCGUAGGAGUUGUACUAUGCCAAUGGGGUCGGAGCACUGGACCGGCCCAAAUUGUUUUAAUUUGUAAUAAGGCAGGAACCGCAGUGAUCGUAUAGUUAGUGGUUUAUUAAUGGUGGUGAGUUUCUUUCGUUAUCUUCUUAAGUAGUAGUUAAUGAUGAUGUUUGGUAAUAAAUAAAAUGUGUAUGCUUAUUGAAAUUA